GUCACAGUGCGCAUGCGCAAGCAAUAGGCAACGUCAUCACUUCGCCAUAGCUAGACGUGUGUUUAGGAGCUGCGUAUAAGAGAGCUGGGGCUAGUGAGUGUCGCGUAUUCGGCUUUAGAAAACUUCUCAAAGUCAGACCACCGUGAUGGAUCAGAUCAUGCAGUUUGUGGAGCCAGGGAGGCAGUUUGUGAAGGACUCCAUCAGACUGGUGAAGAGAUGCACAAAACCUGAUAGGAAAGAGUUUCAGAAGAUUGCCAUGGCCACGGCGAUUGGUUUUGCAAUCAUGGGCUUCAUUGGGUUCUUCGUCAAGCUCAUCCACAUCCCCAUUAACAAUAUCAUUGUCGGUGGUUAAACUGUGGACCAGGGAGACUUAUCUUCUGGACUUGUGCCUUGCUGAGGGGUUUUUUUUUUCCCCCUCCCUUUCCUUCCCUUCCCUUCUUGUAUGUAUGUAAAUUAAAGUAUUACAAAUUCUU